AUGCGAUCAUUCCCUCGUGUCGUCUCUGCCUGGCUAAGUCUCGUCUCUGUCUUCGGACUUCUCGCUGCGCUGACCUGUUCUGCAAGUGGGGACCAGCAAUCGGUUGCCGCGAGUGCUGUGACAUUCCCCGACCUCUACGAGGCGUCGAUUUCCGAGCUGCAAGAUGGGUUGGAAAAAGGACACUUCACCAGUGUCGACCUCGUGAAGGCGUACUUUGCGCGGAUCGAAGAGGUCAACCUCCAGGGGCCUGCAUUACGGGCCGUCCUCGAGAUGAACCCCAGUGCCAUCGCAGACGCAGAAGCAUUGGACCAGGAGCGGAAACUGCUGGGCGCGCGCGGACCCCUCCACGGGAUCCCCAUCCUCUUAAAAGACAACAUCGCAACCGUCGCGAAAGAAGGCAUGAACACUACCGCGGGCUCCUUCGCGCUCCUCGGCUCCGUACCCCCGCGCGACGCGCACGUCGCGCACCAGCUCCGUGGUGCGGGCGCGAUCAUCCUCGGCAAAGCGAACCUGUCCGAGUGGGCGCAUUUCCGCGGGAGCGUGCCCUCGGGCUGGUCCGGGCGCGGCGGGCAGGCCUCGAGUCCGUAUGUCCCGCUCGGGGACCCGUCCGGCUCGAGCUCGGGCAGCGGCAUCGCGAGUGCCAUCGGGCUCUGCGCCGUCGCACUCGGAACGGAGACGGACGGGUCGAUCAUCCAGCCGAGCAACAACCAGAACCUGGUCGGGAUCAAACCCACCGUCGGGCUCACCUCGCGGGCAGGCGUGGUCCCGAUCUCGUCGCAUCAGGACACCAUUGGGCCCAUGGCGCGCUCUGUCGCGGACGCGGCGGUCGUGCUGGGCGCCAUCGCCGGCCGCGACCCGCGCGACAACUUCACGCUCGCGCAGCCCGCGGUCGUCCCGGACUUCACGAAGGCGCUCAACGCGGACGCGCUCAAGGGCGUGCGCCUCGGCGUCCCGCGCAUGCUCUUCGCGCACUCGAACUCCGUCGUCGUCGCGGCGUUCAACGCGACGCUCGACGUGAUCCGCGGCUUGGGCGCGACGAUCGUCGACCCCGCGGACUUUCCCGACAUCGCGGAGCUCUGGGCGUCGAGGAACGAGUCGAUAGUCACGCGGACCGACUUCAAGGUGCAAGUAGCUCAGUACAUGCAAGAGCUCCUUGAGGUCCCGUCGGACGUGCGCACCCUGGCCGACCUCAUCCAGUUCAACACCGACAACGCGGACCUCGAGCUCGUCGCUCCAUUCUGGACAGAUCAGUCAGAAUUCGUCGUGUCCGAAAACACAACCGUGAACCAAGCGUACUUCGACGCCAUCGCCUUCGACCACGACCUCGGCGGCACGCGCGGGAUCGACGGCGCGCUGCAGGCCUUCGACGUCGCCGCGUUACUCAUGCCGAGCAUCGUCGCCUCCGGGCCCGCGGCCAUCGCGGGCUACCCCAUCGUCACUGUCCCGCUCGGCUUCAUGCCACCGGGCACGCCGCUCUCGCCCGCGCUGCCGACUCGCUCAAGCGGGCCGAACAUGCCCUUCGGGAUCGCGUUCGUCGGGACGGCGUUCAGCGAAUUCAACCUCAUCUCGUUCGCGUUCGCGUACGAACAGGCGACACACAACCGCCUCAAGCAGCUGGCGUUCCCGGCAGCGAUCCCGCAGACGCAGCUCGCGGACAUCGUUGGGAAGAAGUAG